GUUAGUGCAGAUUCUUAGAAAGGAAAUCCAAAAUAAAAAACAUAUAGUAAAUCCAAAUGUUGAAAUUAAAGUGUGUGUGUGAACAAAGUUGUGAUUAAACCUAACGAAUGUGCGAAUAAUUGGGGGCAGUCAGCAACUGCGACAGUAAUAACUGCAACCACACAUUGAAAAAAAAAAAAAAAAACUGAAUCAAAGUGCACCCACAGUAAAGAAAAAAACCAACAGUUCAAGAAAACUGUAACACAAAUGCUUGAAAACGAAAAAAAUCUAAAUUGAAAGAUUACGACACUGUCUACAUACAUACGAAAAUACAUCAAGCCUUUGUUUGCAGUAAAGACUGGCAAUUUUUUGGCUGCUGUUGCCGUGCCGUUUGAAUGUCGGCCUGUGCUUGCAUUUUGGUAUUUCAAAUUCUGUGAAUUAACCUAAAAAACGCAACUGCAGCAAGAAAAUUUACAGUUACAGUGAUGCGCAAUACCAACAGCAACAUGCAGUUUUCAACACAUCGACGUAGUUUAUACUGGCUUCUGGGAUUAUGUCUAUUGUUAUUCGAAACAGGGUUGACGAAUGCACAAAGCAAACGUACACCACGUGUCACUAAUUCACGCAGUUUUAGCACCAAUGUUAAGUCUACCAGCUCAAAUGGGGUUAGCUUUGACUGUCCCGAAGAGUUUGGGUAUUACCCUCAUCCCACGGACUGCACACAGUAUUACGUAUGCGUAUUCGGUGGUGCGUUACUCGAGAGCUGUACUGGAGGUCUUAUGUACUCGCAUGAACUGCAGACUUGUGAUUGGCCCAGAAACGUGGGUUGCGAACUGGUGGAUAGUGGCACGUCGGCCACCUCUACCGAAGUAGGUAACGCCUCACGUAAUAAGCCACAGCAACAUGUUCCCAGCCGCAUUCGCUUUGGGGCCGCCUUCACCAGCCCUGCAGCUACACAAAAGACAAUCACAGUCCCGCCACAGUAUCAUCGUUCACCUCCACAAAUCAUACCAGCGCAGGUUCAGCACAUACCACCGCCCCCAGAAUUGGCCGUAUCACCAAAUCCGGUGGUCACGUCACGCGGACAACCAAAAUCGCUUCUGGACUCGCAGGAGGAAAUAGCUAAGCUCUACGCUGAGGCACAAGAAACGCUGCCACCAGUUGAAGAGGAGGAAAGCGAUCGUCAGCAACGUGUUUAUCGUGGCCAGCCGAGUACUGUUAGCCAAGUACAGCGGGACCGCGAUGGCAUCCUACACCAGGCCAGCAUAAAUGCUAUACCCAAUCAUGGAAAAAUUGGGUCCUACACGUUCGGAACAGCUUACAGAGUUGAGUCAUCUUCUCCGUCAUCGCUGACGGCGCAAACUUCCGAUAACAUAUUUCUACAACCAAGCUCACAAGCUUCGCCGUCACAGUUUGCAUCCAAUCGUAACUACUACAACACAUCCAUAUUCAAUCAUGGGGGUGGCUACCAAACACCACAGCAGGCGCAACAACAACAACAACCGUCACCAUUUCAACAACCGCAACAACAACAGCAACAGGCACCUGCCUUACCAAACCCCUAUGAUUCAUCAUACUAUUCUGUUUACGACGACGAUAUUGAUUUAUAUAGGGACAUUGAGUAUCAACAGCAGCAAGAACAGCAUCAGCAAAAGUCCCAGCCAUACCAGUCCACAGUGCGUCAACAACAGCAAUCAACUUAUAGACCGUUAGAAAUAUUGACUACGCCGACACCACCCCAAAGACCAAGCUACAGUAGCCAGCCCACUUUAAGCUAUAAUACGGACUAUGAUGAGGAUCUCAAUGCACAGAUCGAACAGGAUAAUGUGUACGAUCAACCUACGCGAACUCCGCAACGGGCCGAAGCGAUGACCAUACAAGCCCUGGACACGAGGACAACUGCCUCGACGACUGAAAGAUCAGCUGCAAGGCCUGAUGGGCGCAACUACUACGACACAUUUACCACACCUAUUACAAACUAUGAAGAGACCGAUUACAGCUAUUCCAGCUCAGCAGAGUAUGCCCAAAAUUUACCCGCGGACUACUAUCAAAGCGAGCAAACUCUAGUGAAGACUAGGCCGAGCACUCAAGCUCCGAAAUCAAAAAAUACGGACGAUUAUUAUCUGAUUGCCAAUGAUGUCGCACAUUCUACUUCAGCUUUUAAAGUAGAUCCGACUAAGAAGUACACGACAAUGACACCCACACGUCCUCCGAUCUCAAAGUCAUCUUCAGUACCAAUCAGGAAUACAAACAAGAUUGCCACAACUACAACACAAACAGUCACAAAGCCACCUGAAACCACUACAACAACAAAAACAACUACAUUGAACCCUUCCAGCUCAAAAGCGCAUGCAAAUAAAAACUUUAAGCAAAAUGUUAUAAUCAAAUUAAAGACAACCACAUCACCACGUACCACACAAGCACCCAGUACAAAAUCCCCAACGACCAGCACAAUAAAGAAACCGUCACUCCCCACAUAUGACUCCAAUCCCUUUCUCAAAUCCAAACUUCAAUUUCUGGCCAAGUCCCUGAUCAGUGCUGUGGCUGGCAGUCAAAGCCAAAAUAUCAAUGACACAAGAACUCCGACCCAAGUCCAAUCUACAGUCACACCUCCAUUCAGCGAAUCGUGGGCGUUGGCAAAUGACAGUGCAAAUAGUAGUAGUACUCAAAAGUAUGUUGAGACAAUUUACGAUGAAACCCAGAAUGUGCAGAAUGUCCAGGGGGAAGAGAUAUCUAGUGGUCGUAAUUUUGACACAAUCACAUCGCCCAAGUUUCUGGAUUUCAUCAAUGCCGCAGCUUAUGGAGCCAGCAACUUAGUGCGCGCGCCCACAGAAAAGUCAUUUAAGACUCUUUACACAAGGGAAAAUAUAUACAACGGCCUUGAAAAAGACAAAGCAAUAUCCACCGAGCAAAAUCAAAGCAAACGUAUACAAAGCUAUGUGCUCUCCGAUGUUAAGCCCCAAAGCUUUAGGCCAACUAUAAACAAUUCGUCAAGGGCUGCGUCAUCGGACCUGUUAGAUAGCUCAAGUACAGCAAGACCCAACAAAGCAUACGAGUAUAGUCUGGAAAGCGGUUCUCAUGGAUUUACCUUAAAAGCUAAGGAAUCGCUAAAUGAGGAGAACGUGUCUGAGCCACUGUUUGAACGCCCUGAAAGUGGGCAACGCCUUAAGCCCAGCACAACAACAACAACAACACGUUUGCCACAUACAUUAGUCAAUCAUGUUAGCACGGAGAAUGAAGAUAUUAUACCUACAACGUAUGCCCCGUUACGUAUUUGGCGCAACGGCCGUCCAACUAUUAAGCAAACACAUAGGAAACCGACCAAAAUGCCAUUAUUAAGCGUCACUGAUCUGUCCAGCACUACUGCGAAAGCAACUACCACAACAAUAAAAGCACCUAAUACUUUUAGUUCUAGUACCGAACGAGCGAGCUCUGGACAAAGUUUUACAUCCCGUGCAAAUAUAUUCAAGGAUAACCUUAACCGUGCUACGAGCAACCCAGGAAUGAGAUUUGUUUCGCCCUAUAAGAGCCUUGAAAGUUUGCUUCAAGACGAAAGGAUGCCACACAACAGCCUCAGAACAACAACAAGAACACGCUAUGCAAAUGCUCCUGCCUCAAUACCGUUUCUCCAAACAACGCCAAAGUCUACACACAAUAGCUUUCCUACAAACAUUAUUCAAAACAAUGCCACUCAAAUUGUCCUUGAAACUAUGACAAACGGCAAUAUGCGCAACUUUAGCAUAAGUGAUGUAAUUCUAAGUACUUUCAGUCCUCAAAGACCAAGCUUGCCGCGUGCAACUACAACAACCACUGCCAAAACCACAACCACAAAUAAAAUACCCACAGAGGCUGCGCUUACUACUACAAUUUUAGAACCAACAGUAGCUACAGUAGUGACUUCGCCCUCAAUACAGGUGUCUGAAAUCGCAGUGCGUGCACGUGGCCGGUCGCGGUACACGGCAGCUACCAUCAGCUAUAAUUUAGAUAGUGUUGACGAGCCGACCACUUAUGCCCCUAAAUUUAAGAUACCCAAUAGCUAUGAACUGAGGAGCUCCACAUCUAAACCACUUUUAAGACGCAAAGCGCAUCGUGGUCGAGCUGCUACCAGCCUCCGGCAAACGAUAUCCGAACCGACAGCUAGGUCCGGAGAAAAAUAUGAAACUUAUAAAGCAGCUCAAAAGGCCAAAGAGACGGUUUAUAGGUAUCAAAUAGCCCCAUCCUCUGCAAAGCCAAUAACUGCUGAGGAUACAAGUUCACUGAAACGCAACCCAAAUGAAAACGAAGCCUUAAUCUCAGAUACCCCGCGUGCAGAAGCCCUUAUUGCACAGCAACCACUCGAAAAUAAACAUAACAAUAGCAUAGAACAGAGCAUUAGCACAGAGACAUCUGCUAGUUCUAUCCAAGAUGUUCAUAUUAUAACCGACCGGCCACCUGUUAAGUAUCUAUAUUCGAACAAAUAUCGGCAGAAAACAGCGGAGCGCACACUGGCGGAUAGUCUGCAGAAUGCCGGGUACAUAACGACGGCGAACGGACGAACCAAGUUUCGUGCUACCAAUGUGCUGGAGCAGCUGCAACAUUUUCUUUCCGCCAGUGACAGUGAUGAGAGCGGGUCAUCGCAAUUCGUUGAUGAAGUUUAUGGUUCAGAAAUAAAAGCUUCUGUUAAUGAGAUAACACCGGGCUUUUCAACAAACCGUAGUGCAAUGACUACAAUGAGAUCCACUACUGCCAUGUCUGCAUCACUGCCAACCACACGCGUCCCACUUUUUGCAUUUAAGUCGACAGGAAACCCAUCCAAAUCAUAUACCCCAACCCCUACUAUUAGCAUAAUAGAAACAGAUGCAACAAAGGCUAACAUUAGCAUCCCAGAUAUUAGUACUGAACCUGUCCCUUCAACUACGACUGCCACUCCCUCUGUAACUAUAUCUUCUCCACCAACAACACGAGUUUCGAGGGUAAAUAACGCCUUGAAGUCGUCAAUUGCCGCUGCUGCCGCCCAAUCAUCUAGCCCGGUCUCAACCUCAUCCACAUAUCAAAUGCCAGGGGGUAGAGCUAACAAAUUUCAAUAUGGCCUUGCCUCCAACAGUAACAACAACCAACACCAAUACAACAACAACAAUGCCGCUGUCGCUGCUGUCUCGGUGAAGUGCUCCGAUAGCACACUGAGCCCUAAGUGCAACGAAAUCCCCUCAAGAAACAACAAUAGAAACCGUGGCAGUUCAAUAUUCACGAAUCAGGAUCGUGAUACUGCUGCCACUCCUAACAGAGGGACUCAUCCACCACGGACGCGUCCAACGCUUAAGCCGGCUGGCACAAUAGUCUCAAAGGCUCAAGAGUUUGUGGACAUAUACAGAUAUCCGCCUUCCCGACCGGAUCCACUUUACCCACAGCCUACGCCGGAUAAGACGGCUGCCAAGUGCCGUAAAGAUGUUUGUUUACUGCCUGAUUGCUAUUGCGGUGGCAAGGACAUACCCGGCGAACUACCGGUUGAAAGCAUACCUCAAAUCGUACUGUUGACCUUCGAUGAUUCCGUAAAUGAUUUGAAUAAACAAUUGUAUACUGAUCUUUUUGAGAAGGGACGUGUGAACCCUAAUGGCUGCCCCAUAACAGCGACAUUCUAUGUCUCUCACGAAUGGACUGAUUACAGUCAAGUGCAGAAUCUUUACGCCGAUGGACAUGAAAUGGCAUCGCACACAGUGUCUCAUAGCUUUGGCGAGCAGUUCUCACAAAAGAAAUGGACUCGGGAAAUAGCUGGUCAACGCGAAAUACUCGCUGCCUAUGGCGGCGUCAAGCUAUCUGACGUAAGGGGUAUGCGUGCUCCUUUCCUCUCAGUUGGUGGUAACAAAAUGUACAAAAUGCUGUAUGACUCAAAUUUCACCUACGACUCGUCGAUGCCGGUCUAUGAAAAUCGACCUCCAUCGUGGCCGUACACUCUUGACUAUAAGAUCUUCCACGAUUGUAUGAUACCGCCCUGUCCGACACGAAGCUAUCCGGGGGUUUGGCAAGUACCCAUGGUCAUGUGGCAGGACUUGAACGGCGGACGCUGCUCUAUGGGAGAUGCCUGCUCAAAUCCAAGUGAUUCAGAGGGUGUAACCAAAAUGAUUAUGAAGAAUUUCGAACGUCAUUAUACCACCAAUAGGGCACCGUUUGGAUUGUUUUAUCAUGCCGCUUGGUUUACGCAACCGCAUCACAAGGAAGGGUUUAUAAAGUUCCUCGAUGCCAUAAACGCCAUGCAGGAUGUUUGGAUCAUAACAAAUUGGCAGGCUCUACAAUGGGUGCGCGAUCCAACACCUACGUCUAGGAUAAAUUCUUUCCAGCCAUUCCAAUGUGAUUACUCGGACCGACCCAAACGUUGCAAUAAUCCAAAAGUCUGCAAUCUGUGGCACAAAUCUGGAGUUCGAUACAUGAAAACAUGUCAGCCCUGCCCCGACAUCUACCCAUGGACUGGAAAAUCCGGCAUACGUUCAUCACGCAUCGACAACGAAGUUGAAGAGCCUUCCGCGCAAAACUGAGGAUUCUUAAUCUAGACAUGCCAGUUAAACCACGCCUAUGCUAUUAGUAACCUACUGUUCGUCUUGAUGUGAGCUUUGAACACAGAGGAACAAUUGGAAUGCAAUAGUAGAUAUUGUCAUAAGUAAUAGUCCAAAAUACGGUAUUCACUCGUUGAUAUGUUCUUUAUAUUAUAUUUAUACUAUAGCCAAUUUGUUGAAGGGCAUGAAAAAAUGUAUUUAAUAUUUUGAUGACAUGUUACUUAAAUUUAUUUAUUCCCUUAUGAUAGACUUAUGUAUGUGUACUGUAUAUUCCUAUAGUUUGCUACUCCCAUGGAAAUUUGUAUAAGUACAUUCAAAAUGCAAUAUUAGUAUAAUACUUUGUACAUGUAAAAGUUACUAACGUAAUUAUAGAUUUCCAUUUAAAUUUAAAAAAGAAAAGCGCGUGUUUUAGGACUUUAUAAAACUGAGGGGCAAUACUCUUUUUUGUGGUUGAUUUAAUUUGUGAUACAUACUUUUUCAUCUAAAUAUGUGUCUCUAAAUAUGUCAAUAAUUAUCUGAAACCAGGCAGUAAAUAAUUUUAACAUUUUAAUAAACAAAUGUGUCUAAGCAUUUUUUUUUAUGUUCAACCUUGUAUAUAACAUUUUAAUUAAAAUCCGGUGAAGGGGCCUAAUAAUCUUGGGUAUAUAUAUCACUCUAUAUUUUCUAACUAUGAUUUAUUUUCAGAAAAAUUCUUAUCAUACUAUUAUAAAACUAAAGAUUUUAUGUGCUUUCCAUGUUACAAUAUCAAGAGCUCACGAAAUCAUAUAUAUUAUCAUUUCUGAAUUUAUAACAUUUAUCGCAUCAUUCUAGCUUAAAGCAUGAUUUAUAUCAUUUUGACUAACGGUACUAUUAAAGAGCUUAAACUAUAAGAACUUACGUCUUGAACAGACUUUUUUUAGGCACCUAAUGAAAUGUAUAAUCCAAUUAAUGACCCAUUUGUAACGGGAACCGCAGAAAAAAAUCAAAUCAUAAUGUCAGACUAGACUAGUAAAUCCAUGCAAAGUUUUAAGAAAUUUGCGAGCCUAGCGAAUAUUUUAACAUUUAAGCUGUUAGUACUCAUACGAAAGUAUUAGAUGGAUUUGUAAUUCUGCAAACUUAAAAUAAAAAAUCAUUAAGAUUAAUUAAUAUUUAAUUUAAGUAUAUUGUAUGUAUGUGGACACAUAAAAAAUUGUAAAGCUGAACGCAGUUCAAAAAGUUUAAUUUUACCAACGAGUGAAUUAUGUAUUUUGUGCUAAUAAUUGUAAAACAUGUAAAAUAAAAAAACAACGUAAGUCAGAUAAAUUUGCGUUUUGAAUUUGCAAUCGAUAAAA